GAUUAGAAUGAAGAAAUAUGACAGUUCUCGCGACGCGAGAUUUGAAUUAAAGACGUGAUUUGAAAGAAAAAACAACAACGCCGCUUCGACGAAGAAAGAGAAUUGAAAUCGCUGAAAAGAUACCUUUCUUUAAUCCUUAAUCGUGACAUCAGCCGAGGUUUAAACAUGCCAAAGAAGAAGAAAAAAAGUAGACUGACAACUCGCAAAAACAAAUCAACAGCCAAACAGAGUUUCAUCAGACGUAUGGAAUAUGCAGCAAAGAAGGCGCAAACCAACCCUUGUGACGCUCAUCCUCAUUCAAGACUAGUUACACCAACACCUGUUUAUCUUGAGGAGGUUUGUCCGCAACAGGACCCAACUUCCACAAUGUAUGUGACCUGCCACAUGGAUACCCCAAUGUUUCAUCCUGCAACUCUGGACGUGGCCUGCGAUGAGUGUAUUGACACCAAGCCUUUCAGCAUAGCACCCAACACCCAUCAAGACUUUGCUUAUAAUGUGUCCGUUAAAAUGGAGCCCACUACCCCACCACCCAACACCCAUCAGGAUGUUGCCUGCAAUGUGUCCAUGGACACAGAGUCCACUAGCAAACCACCCAACACCAAUCAAGACUUCGCUUAUAAUGUGUCCAUUAAAAUGGAGCCCACUACCCCGCCACCCAACACCCAUCAAGACGUGGCCUGCAAUGUGUCCAUGGGCACAGAAACCACUACCCCACCACACAACACCCAUCAAGACUUUGCUUGCAAUGUGCCCAUUAAAAUGGAGCCCACUACCCCACCACCCAACACCCAUCAGGACGUGGCCUGCAAUGUGUCCAUGGGCACAGAGCCCACUACCCCACCACACAACACCCAUCAGGACGUUGCUUGCAAUGUGCCCAUUAAAAUGGAGCCCACUACCCCGCCACACAACACCCAUCAGGACGUUUCUUGCAAUGUGCCAGUUAAAAUGGAGCCCCCCAGCUUAACUCCUAACACAGAUGUGAAUGUGAAUAGCAUACCAUUAAGUGAAACUGGUAUUCAUCUUUUGGAUCGUUACACAUCACUUCGAAACAAUUUAUCCACUGGUAUAGACCCCCCCUUUUUACUAGAUCCUCAUCACAAAAACAUUCACCUGCUACAGCUGUAUCGGAGUGGCAACAGAUCUGUUGUGAAGACUUGUGUAACCAUCAAAGAAGAUUUCACCGCAACCGUGAAUGUCCACGGAAGUGACAUAUCUCGGGAACAUGAACUUUGGAGUGGUUUGCCAGCUAUCUACGAUUCAGUGUCAGCAGUACAUGGACUUUUGAGAUGUUUAUGUAAAUACAGUGUGUGUAUUGGCAAUCCGGAUGUGGAGUUACAAGACCUAAUUCCUGUGGGAUCUGUUCUCACCGAUUCAAACUCGCUAUCAAUUUGGGCAUAUCGCGAGGGUGACUUCUGUGCCAGUCGGGGAGACGUUUCGUAUAACUCUACAGUACGGUCAGUGAAGUGUUGUUUGCUGGUAGAAGGUGCAAGCUGUGCAAGCUGUGCAAGUUGUGCAUCAUUCCGAAAAGCCUUGCAGGACAGGGAGUACAAUCAUGGGCUGUUCGUGUCAAAAUCAGCAAAGUCUGACAGUCUGCAUAGAAGGACUCCACUUGUUACAGUGUCAUAUGGCAUGCUUCAACAAAAACUGAAACAACAAAAGGACAAAAUCAGAUCACUUGAAUCGGAGCUUGAUGCUUUAAGAAGAAGCAUCACAUAGUCUGUGAUAGAAUACAACUUCGGCAUGACUGUUAAUGUAAGGCCGGCAGAUUGAAUAAUUGUUUCAUAUGAAAUGUUAUUUUUACUUUCACAUCUCAAUAACAACAACAAAAAUGGCAGAUUGAAUAUUUGUUUCAUAUGAAAUGUUAUUUUUACUUUCACAUCUCAAUAACAACAAUACAGUUAUGGGUUUUGCCUUGAGACAGUCACCAACCAGUAUAUGUAAAUUGAAUUAACUAUGUGAGGUCAUCGAUUUAGACAUUUGUUACAAUGUAUACUUUUAAUGAAUACACUAAUAAUCAAAGUUUACACAUAAUCCACCAUAUAACCGACACAAUUUGAAAUACACAGAAUGAUAUAUUCACCUUAAUAGGAAAGCUGGUCAAUAAAAUUUACCAAUUUUUAUCAGGAUUGCUUUGGUUUGGUUAAAUUCUGUUUAACGUCCUAGUAACAGCUAAGGUUAUUUUCGUACGUGCCUCCAUGCAUGUGUGUAGUUUAUAUGCGUGUUUGCGUGUGUGUAUGCUGGAGACGGGGUAUGUUGGUUUUCUUCCCUCCUUAUGAUAGCGAGAUCUGAUGCUGACUUUAUAGUACUAUCUCACUGAAAUGCCAUGCAGAAGGCACCUAGCACAGCAUUC